AACAUCUUUCUCACCGUCGCGCGCGGCGACAGCCCUCAUGCCUCUGCUCUCCCGCACCUCGCUCAUCACCGCCAACGGCAGCACAGAUGCCCUCGACGUCGAGCUCCCCAUGGCCGCCCUCCCGGCCAAGAAUGCGGACAAGCACCCGCACACCACUGUGACCGCCCCCGUGAGCUCGACGACGCUCCACGCCACCCUGAGCCUGCCGCCCCCGGUCGUCCAGGGCUCUGUGUCCUCAGGCCGACGGGGCAAGAAAAAGUCAGCCCGGGUCAACGGCGGGCUGCGGGUGCACUGGGCACAGUUCAAACGCCGGAUAGGGACCGGCACGGCGCCCUCGACGUCCUCUGCGCUCGAGCCCGACGACAGCGGGGACAGCUCCAGCAAUGCGCAGAUGCGCCAGGACGCACAGCACGAGGUCGAGGACGACGGCGUCGACGAGGUCGUCGUCGACCGCGAAUGGUCCGACGAGAUCAAGAGCUCCUCGAUCACCCACUCUGAGCAUGGGGGGACUCCUGAGAAGUCAUGCAACCAGCUCGGGACGAGCACCGACAGGGAGAGCCUCGCGUUCCAUGUGGACGGUAUGUGGGCGUCGUGCGGCCUGCUCAUAUUCCUGCGCUGGCGGGUAUGGCCGACCGUCCACCAGUUCUUCGCACACCAUUUCGUAGACGAGAAAUCGGAGAUGCACUACAGGAAGGAGAACUGGUUCCUCGGAAAGAAUCUGGCACUGUGGUCCACCGCAUUCUUGAUUGUGAACUGGGUUCUGGCAUUAGGGUUCAUUCAGCGACCCGUCGUUCUCCCAGACAAGAUCUUCUACUAUGCGGUGUCCCCUGCCAUCACAUUUCCGGUGGUCAUAUUCGUGAUGUGGGACUUCCCCCGGGAUCGCCAGCUACUCUAUCAAUGCUGGCUGGUGGUCGCCUGUUGGAUGUGGUCGCUAUACCAGAUUAUCUUCAUGCAUUGGUGCGCGUACUACAGUCAAAACCCGCAUUGCGGGAGCAAGGACUUUCUUACUCUGUUCUACUACACGUCUGCGAUGCAAACGAUUGGCUUGUUCGGUCUGCGGCUGCAUAGACUCCCGGCCCUUCUCGCGGCGGCCGUCUUCUUUACACUUUCCUGCGGUCUUAUCUUGCCGAUGCGUGCGCCAUUUGUCCGAAGUAUGGCUGAUCUCAUCAACUUCCUGUUGUUCCAGGCGUUUAUUCUGUACAUCCACUACAUGCGCGAAAACGCUGAGCGACGACUAUACACACUUCGAGAUCAGCUAAAAAUCCAGUUCCGAGCGAUGCAAAAGGCGCAGGUGAACGAGCGAAAGGCGGCGGACUCGAAGCGGCGGCUCACCUGA